AUGAUCUCCGCUCCGGGUCCCGAGCGACGGCGCAGACGGCCGGCAGUGUCAUGUUCUCUUUGCAGAAGGCGUAAGAUUAAAUGCAACCGCGAAAGCCCCUGUAGCAACUGCAUCAAGUCUAAGGCGGAACCAUGCGUCUACGAGAGCGACUCCUCGUCCCGGCCGCAGCAGCAUCUUGGCUUCAAUCAGACACUGGAGCUAGGGCUCUGCAAGGCGUCUGAACGCCAGAUGCUCCCUCCAGAUGCGGUAACUUCUCAAGUUCCUAGCUAUGCGUCCAGGUCAUUACUCUCCAGCGCGAGAGACUCGUCAUCCCGGACGAGUCAAGCUUCUGCAUCGGAGGUUGAGUCUCUGAAGACCAAGAUCAGACAGCUGGAGGAACAGCUGUCCAGUGCGACGCAGCCGGCGGAAUCACCUCCACGGCCGUCUCCAAACUCCAGAAUCGAGACCAGCACGUCUCAGAUAGCAGGGACGUUCCACAUAAACCAUGAAAGGCGGCUUCUCCACGAUUCCCAGUUCGUCAACCGAAAUCUGGUCAUACAUAAAAGUCGCCUGUUUGGCUCCAGUCAUUGGGCACAGGCUGCAUCGAUGUUUAGAGAUGUAUUUGAAAUGAUCGAACCGUUUAUCCGCGGGAGUGGUUCCAAAGCCAGUGCCGGCAUCAGAAGGUGCAAAGAGCUGGCAAGGAUUAUCAAAACCCAACGGACGCCGCAAUGGCCGACGCCGCCCACUCAGGAUCUACCUCCAAAAGGCGUCGCUGAUGAGUUGGUUGACUGCUAUCUCCGUACAAUCGAGACUACAUUCCGGGUCCUGCACGUACCUACAUUCAGGUCCGAAUAUGACGCUCUAUGGGUAUCUGAAGCACGGCCCAGCAUCGCGUUCACAGUCCAACUUAAGCUGGUGUUGGCACUGGGGUCUGUCACUUACGACGAGCGGUUUUCAAUGAGACCCAGUGCGGUUCGUUGGGUAUUUGAGGCGCACACCUGGCUCUCUGAUCCAGACUUCAAACCUCAACUUAACAUACAGUGUUUGCAAAGCAGGAUUCUACUAUUACUAGCCCGCGAGAUAAUCAAUGUUGGUGGCGAUUCGAGUUGGAUAUCUGCCGGCGGACUACUCCGCACUGCUCUACAUAUGGGAUUACAUAGGGAUCCGUCUGUACUGCCGCCUAGGUCGGCGCUCGCUGUUGAAAUGCGACGCCGACUGUGGAACACUAUCCUCGAGCUAUCACUGCAGUCAAGCAUUUCCUCCGGUGGACCUCCACUAAUUUCCCUGGGCGAUUUCGACUGUGCGCCUCCAGGGAAUUUCGACGACGAACAGCUACUGGCUGAGGACCCGGUGCCGAAGAGUGAUGAUGAGUACACUCAAACAGCAAUCGCCAGGGCAUUGAGGGGAACCUACCCACAGCGCCUUGCAAUUGUGAAAUUCCUGAACGAUCUAAGUUCAUAUGGGACUUACGAGGAAACUCUUCGACUUGACGCAGAUUUAAGGGAAUCUUACAGGGCUAUUUGCCGUAUCCUCCGAGGGUAUCCCAGCAACGGGCCUUCCCCGUCACAGUUCGAAAAAUGCAUGCUCGACUUCAUCAUCCACUUCUAUGUGUGCUGCCUCCAUAUUCCCUACAUCGAGAAGUCACUGCGGGCACCGGCAUAUGCAUUCUCCAGGAAAGUCGCGAUCGAGAGCGCCCUCAAGAUGUGGUGCGCCAUUUACCCAUCUUCCAGAUUCAUGAGCAACACCCGUCGCGAGAUUAGCGGAUCCGUUGAAAAUAAGCUGACUCGGUUCGUGGAAUGCGGGUUUGGGUUUUUCCGCACUGGUGUUAUAAUCGCGGCCAUGUUCGUGACCUUGGAGCUUAAAGCUCAGCUCCUGGAUGAUGACAGCCUAGGUCCCAGCCCGUAUCGGGUAGAUCUUUUCUCUCUGCUCUGUGAGGCGAAAGACCGUUGUUGGAAUAUGAUUCAAUGUGGUGAGACUAAUGUCAAGGGCUACCUCCUCAUUUGUCUGGUAACCGCCCAGAUCGAGGGGCUGAUGCAUGGAGUUGAACCGAGCAAACUCCCCGAACUCCUUCUCCGCGCAGCAGAAGAGGCGGAGGACCGGUGUCUUGACUUCAUGGAGGAGAAAGCCGAUCUGGGACGGAGUGGUGGUUCCGUUGAGGUGAUGGACGAAUCUGCGAAUACAGCGCCCUUCAUGGGCGACUGGGAGUUUAUUGUAAGUGUUUGCAAUCUAGAAAAUUGUUCUAUGCCAACAGCCUUUAGAUGA